CACCAUGAAUCCAUCAACUCUUUGGGUCUAUAUGCUGCUUGUCUCCAUGUUGUUGCUGUCCGUUGUGCCCAGCACUGAGUCUACUUUCCUUCUGUUUGCUUGCCUUUUGCGUGCCCGGAUAUGUCCAUUCCGCACAACAACCGCGGCAUCCAGCAGUUCUAGUGGAUAACAGUUAUCAGAAACAUCAAGGAUAUAACUUUGGGAACGUUUUACUAACAUUAUGUAAACAAUAUUUAAACUAUGAAACAAGAGAAACGUGCCACUCUAAAAUAAAUACAACACAAAUAAAGCAAAAACUAUCUUUUUUCAUGA